UAUCGUCGCUCCUGGCCAGCACGACCUUGUCACAUGAUGCACCUGCAGUCAAAUAAAGACACACACAAUCAGAAAUUCUGUUCAGAUGUUCCAGUGGCACCUUUGAGGAUUUACGCUACUAGGCCUUCUCAUCAACAAGCUGGCUAUGAGGAUCAGGAUGUAUUUAGUGUACAGUUCGGGUCUCCUUUUGGUCCUGCUGCAUCUAUCUACGUCUUUGCUGUUGGGAGCCUUCAACAUCAAGUCUUUUGGGGACAAGAAAGCUUCCAACACAACCUUGAUGAACAUCAUCCGUGAGAUCGUCCACCGCUAUGACAUCAUUCUGAUCCAGGAAGUCCGAGACAAUGACCUCUCAGCUACCACAAAACUCAUGCAACAUGUCAACAAAGGUUCUCCACCAUUUAGGUACAAGCACAUCGUCAGUGAGCCUUUGGGUCGUAGUUCUUACAAGGAGCGGUAUCUCUUUCUAUACAGGGAGGAAACGGUGUCAGUGGUCAGAAACUACACUUAUGACGAUGGUUGUGAGCCCUGUGGGACCGACACCUUCAUGAGGGAGCCUUUUAUCGUUAUGUUCUCCUCAAAUGACACUGUUGUGAGAAACUUUGCUCUGAUCCCACAACACACGUCACCAGACUUCGCCUUGCAGGAAGUAGAUGAGCUGUACAAUGUGGUGACUGAUGUCCGCAGCAGAUGGAACACCAACGAUAUCAUUCUUCUCGGCGACUUCAAUACAGAUUGCAGCUAUGUCACAGACUCAGAGUGGACGCAGAUCCGAAUUUUUACGGACAAGAGCUUCCAUUGGUUGAUCCCUAAUGAGGCGGACACAACAGUGUCGCACACUGAUUGUGCAUAUGACAGGAUUGUGGUGACUGAUGACAUGAAGACGGGCGUAGUGGACUACAGUGCGGCGGUGUACGACUUCAUGGAGGAUCUGAAUCUGAGCUUCAAUAUGGCAUUGUCUGUCAGUGACCAUUUUCCUGUGGAAGUGAAGCUGCUGGUUUGAUCACAUGACUGAUUGAAGCAUUAUCAAACAUCUGAAAUUUACCAAGCCAGUUCAUAAUAAAAGAUAUCUUGAAGCAGA